AUGCCCAGAAGGCAAGCAGCAAGAUUGCCACCGACAACUGAUGAGACCGAAGAGACGAUUACUCCUAUCGAUGAAGUACGACAGCAGAUUGUCUCAAUUGAAGAAGUAGUCCAUCGACGAUAUGAAGAAAUCAACGAUGAGUUGAAUAGUUUGAAAACGAAUUCAGAAAAAACUCGUCAAAAUGAAUGUCAUCAUGAGGAAAAUUUCUUGAAACUCUGUCACGCUGUCGACUUUCUUCUUGAACAUAUGGAUCAUGAUUAUGAUACGAUAGCAUGUCGUGAAAUGGUUUCAUCUUUACUCGGUCAACGAUCGGCACGACCAUUUUCCGGACGUACAAUUCGUAAUCGAGUACUGUGUAAACGUAUAAAAAGAUGGUGUUUAUUUAUUACUUUUGUGCUUUUUAUUGUGGCAUGUAUGACAAUUUAUGGAUUACAUCGGGAUUGGUGUUAUCUACUAGUGAUUGUAUGUCUAUCGGGAUCAAUAAUAUCGUCAAUAGGCGUUCGUCGAAUUUACAAAAUUAUUGAAGCAGUUUGGUGA